GGGAGGUGGACCACCUUGUAUACAUUUUCUACAAAUAGUAGACGUUGUUCAAUUGAACUAGAUUCAUGAUAUCUCCCCUCCAAGGCUAUUCCAUGUUAAAAAAUUGUGUCUCUAGACUCUCUACUCUCUUUUUAUUUGAUUGAUUGUGUGUGAUAUGUUAAUGUUGAGAAGGCCAUGAGAUCGAUCCUUACUCCCUCAUUUUAAUAUCUUGCAUGCACAAGCUUUGUCCAAACAAACUAUUUGGGUCAAGCCACUCAUUUUGAACUCUCGUUCUUGUUUCAGUUUAGUAUUUGUUGAUUGUUAAAUUUAUUUUGUGCAAAUAUCUUUUCUCAACGUUUAUCAAUGUUACCUUUGGUCUACUCUUCUUACUUCUGAAUUUUUUAGCAUUAUUUUUUGCCACUCAUCUUAUUGAUGGAUCUUUUACUUAUGUUGUACAUGUUUAAACCACAUGAGAAAAAGUUGUACUCUUUUUGAAGCUUAAAGCAAUCGUCUGGAUGAAACAGUACGAGCACAAACAAGCUAUGGAGAGUCUUUAACCGUUCUUCAAUAUUUAUUGCUUUUCUUUGUAUGAUGCAUAGCAUUUGGCACGAACAGAUUUUCCACCAUGGGAACUUUGGCGUUACAAAAUUAUUGAAGAACAUGAAUUACUUCAUGUUUUGGCAUUGUGGUCUGGCUUAUGUUUAAGUUAUGGUGCAUCAUACGAAUUAGCGUGAAAGUAAUAUGAGCUUUAAACUGAUGAGCACAGUGCACAGUGGAGUUUUAUCCCGCUUGCUGAGCAUGAAGGCUGAGGGAUUUGCUGAAAGGGAAAAGAUACUGACUGAGGAAUAUGAGCUUGUAAGUCAAGCUCUUUUCACUGACCCAAGUGAUCAAAGUGGAUGGUUCUAUCACCUUUGGCUUCUCGAUCAGACUAUCACUCCAAAUGAAGUUUUACUGAUAUCUUCCUGGCCUUCUCAUGAUUCAGACUGUGUCCUAACAAUUAAUGGAAAUGCAGCAUAUUGCAAAUCGUCAGAACCCUUUCGAUCCAGCUACAAUUUCAUGAGCUCUGGGAAAUUACCCGUUGUUCUAUACUUUAACCAAAGAGUGAAAGGUGUAAAUUCAUCAAGCGUGACUGUGAAUUCUAUGUUUGUCAAGAAUGAAGAUCUUGUUUGGAGGCCACUGCUACCCACCAAAUCUAAAGAAGCUGCUUGUUGGGUUACUUACCUACAAAUUCCAGAUUUGCAGCUUAGUGAUACAAAAGUUUAUAGAGUUGAGGUCAAACUUGGUCAUUCCAAGGAUAUCUUGUCAUCUAGCGGUUCUGAAUUCAACCAUCCUUCGCAUUUCAGAUUUACUUUGACCUUCAACUCUGACAGUUUGGAGCAUACUAGAGGAGAAUCACUUGAUGAGUUGUUUGUCUGGGAUGAUGGUGGGAGUUCUACUUUGGAAAGUAACGAUUUGGUUUCAUUUGAUCAACUAAAGUUAUCUGAAGAUCAUGCGUCUGCAUUUUCUAAAUGGCAGUUGGAUACAAUAUCUAAUGAGAUAAAUCUUUUUAAAGAGUUAUCUGAAGAAAAUUGUAUAUUUGUCAAGCUUACAUUAGCACGACUGUUAAUUGCUCAAGAUGCAAUGCUGUCACACACAAUUCCCACAGUAAGGUUAAUCCAUUUGAGAGAUGUCUUAGAACUUUAUGAUGAUUUGGUAAAGUUGGAUCCAAGGCAUGCUGGAUACUAUGAGGAUGAAAGAAGCUUAGUUAUUAUGAACCAGGUAAAAUUUUCAACUUUAUGAUUAUUUCAUAUGCAUCCAAUUUUUAUUAGCGUGCCUUUUGUUGAACUAUACUUGUAUAGUGCUAUGCCUGUUUAGUAGACGGGUUCUUUUUGCAAACUGUUGAGAUAAAUAAGCUUUUGUGAACUUACGAAAAAAACCAAUAUAAAAUUGCUGUCAGUGGAAUAUUUUAAGAAGACCUCUAUUGUUGUAUUGGAAGCAGCGCAAUAUGACUGCAGCACAAUUGUUUGCCUCUUGGCUUAUCUCCCAAUUUCCC